AUGGCAGAUUUGGAGGAUAGAGAGGAAGAGGCUGAGGGCCAGGCUGGAAGGGAUGCUGAAGGGGAGCAGCAGAAGAGGCAGCGACGCUCAGCAGGUGAUGCCGAAGAUGAAGAAGAGGGUAAUGGCGAUGAGGAUGAGGCAGCAAGAGGCGCAGCUGAGGAGUUAGGCGAGGAAGAAGAGGAAGAAGAAGGCAACGAGCAGCCCAAUGAAGCAGAUAAUGCCUUCAUUGACGAUGAUGGCGUGGAGGGUGCUGGAGCUGCAAGGCAAGGCACAUUUGACAGUGACGAGGAGAGGCGCCAGCAAGCGCCAGAAGCCGAGGAGGCUUCGGAAGAGGAGGACGAGUUUGAGAGAAUGUUUGCCGGGGCCAAGGGGCGCCGCCGUCGAGCCGCCCUAGCAGAGGAUGUGAAGGCCAAUGUGGACCAGCUGCUGGCGCACAUGGAGGUGGCAGCAGAGAAGGACAUGGAGGCCAACAAACAGGGGCAGCCCGCUGUCAUGAAGCUCAAGAUGCUGUCACAGGUGGAAGAGAAGCUGGCAAAGCGCACCUGGCAUGACGAGCUGCUGGCAAGUGGGAUCCUGGGGGUCCUCAAGGCUUGGAUUGAGCCCCUGCCAGAUGGCAACCUGCCCAAUAUCAAGGCAAGCGUGAUUCGCACAGCAGUCCUGAAGAUGCUACAGCAGCUGCCCAUUGAGGUGGCUGACAGCCUGCGCAAGGAGCAGCUGAAGAAGUCAGAGCUGGGCAAGGUGGUCAUGUUCCUGUUCCGCCUCCCAGAUGAGUCUCAGGCCAACCGCCGCAUCGCCAAGGAACUGAUAGAGCGGUGGAGCCGGCCGAUCUUUGAGCAGUACAGGGAGCGGCACGAGGACGAUGAAGUGCGCGAGCGCGAGCUGCAGAUGCGCCAGGCGCGCGCCGUCCGCCAAAAGGCGCAGGCCGCCACUGAAGCCGAACAAGAAGCGCAGACAAAGACGCUGAAGCGAGGGGAUCCAGGCUUCAGAUGGCACGCGAGCAUCCCUCAGCCGGCUCGCCUUGACUACAUCAAGCGGCCUGAGAGCAAGGUGAACGUGGACCCAGCCAGUAUCCGCGGGGGAAGCAGCAAGGCCACAGGCAUGGCGAAGAAGCUCAAGCAGUUAAACGCCAAAAAGGGCGGCGGCGGCGGCGGCAAGGCCUCAAAGAUGAGCAUUGAGGGGCGUGGUCUCCUCAUCUGAGCUCAGCGAGCUCCAUUGUUGUGAUUGUGUUGAUACCAUGGGCUCUUACCUUCUCAGGGUCUUUAUUUUCCCGAGUGCUUUAUCCUGUGGU